CGUCAGUUAGUCAACUCUUUGUUCCCCAGCUUCAACCUACUCUGCACAUAUCCCCUUGUUCCAAGUCCUAAGAGUGUAUAUUCCCCAUCUUGGUAUACAUACUGCUAUACGUAUACUUCUCACUCGCUCACUUCACUCGUCUACCUAUACUAUAUACACUAUACUCGACCACACUAGACUCCACGAACUCAUAACCACCACCUCCCUCGAUACAUACCUUACUCAUUGAGAACCACCAACCCACCUGCCAACGUAUACAACAACAACAACAAUAACAACACUAACACACAAUCCCAACUCGCUACCUACCCAAACACCAGCAUCCAGCAUGGUCGCAACCCCAGCACCCCAAUCCCAACCCCCCCCCACCACCCCCCACAAAAUCCAAAAACCCAAACCCAAACCCACCCGCCGCGCCCGAACCCACCAACAACAAGCCUCAACAGCGCGAUGCUGGGACUGGCUCCUCCUCCCGGCCGGCAGCAACACGCACUUCGCCAAGAACCGGGCGUCGUUCGCGACGUACCGGCGGGCGCCGUGCCGGAUCGCCAACCAGCGGGUGCUGGGCGUGGGGACGGUGCAGCUGCGGGUGCGGCGGGCGCCGGACGACGCGCGCACGACGACGCUCGUGCUGCGCGACGUGCUGCACAUGCCGCAGGCGCGGUGGAAUGGGAUCAGCGUGGCGAAGUUUACGGGGGAUUUUUGCGAGGAUGAUUCCGGGAAUGGGAAUGGGAAUGGGAAUGGGGGGUGGCGGAGGGGGAGUGCGGCUGGCAGUGCGAGUGGCAGGGGCAGUGUGGGGGGCCAGAGUGAGAGUGAGGAGGGGGAGUGGGUGGGUGGGACUGAAAGCCCCCUGCCGGUGGUGGUCGGGGUGGAAGGGGAGGGCGAGGCGGAGCAUUUGCAGGUGCGGCGCGCGAGUACCACCAGUACGAUCAGCAGCUGUGGUGGUGGUGGUGGGGAUGAGGAUCGAGGGGAAGGGUUGUGGUUUGCCGAAGGGAGGCCGGAGAGGGGGUGUUCGAGGGUCGUGUUGGCUGGGGAGCAUCAUCAUCCGAUGCCUGAUGUUGGGGAGUUGGUGGAUGAGAGAAUGCUGAAAGGCCUCGUGGUCUCCAAGGAGGAGUUGGAGCUGUUGAAUGAGAGGGUCAGGAAUCGGUCUUGGGUCUGAACACUUGCAUUCAAAUUUCAUUCGUAUUUCUCGUGGGAUAUGAUAUUGUUUGGGCAUCUGGCCUGUUUGUAUUGUACAGAAGCUUGGAUUAUAAUUGCAACCACUU